CCACCCAUCCACCCAAACACCACCAGCAGCACCACCACCACCACCACCACCAUCCUAAGGUGUUUGUCCUGAGAGCUGGGAGCAGACAGGGAUAGAGGGAAGUGAAAGCCAGAACUGACGGAGAAGACCGAGACAAAAAGGAUAACAGGGGAGGACAGAGAACACGGUUACACCGAGCAGGAGGAGAACCCACACAGCCGGAGAAGGAGUUGUUAGCAGGAGGAGUGUUGACGUUUAACCGAAGAUGACUACGUACACAGUGACUCUGACCGGCCCCGCUCCGUGGGGCUUCAGACUACAGGGAGGAAAGGACUUCAACAUGCCACUCACCAUCUCCAGGAUAACUCCGGGCAGCAAGGCGGUGGGCGGCACCCUGGCCCAGGGCGACAUCAUCUCAGCUAUCGAUGGGGUCAGCACCGACGGAAUGACGCACAUGGAUGCCCAGAACAAGAUCAAGUCUGCCUCCACCAAACUGGCACUCACCAUGCAGAAGUCAAGACGUGCUGCAGCAUUUUCCACAGCAAUUGCGAGAAUGGACUCACCCAUGCCAGUCAUCCCCCACCAGAAGGUUAUCUUAAACACAGCUGCAAAUGUGGAGUACACUCCCAGCUUCAACCCCAUUGCUCUGAAAGACUCGGCCCUGUCCACCCACAAGCCCAUUGAGGUGCGGGGUCCGGGGGGAAAGGCCACCAUUGUUCACGCCCAGUACAACACACCAAUCAGCAUGUACUCACAGGACGCCAUCAUGGACGCCAUCGCAGGGCAGUCGCAGGGCAAGGGACACGACAGUGAGGAUGUGGGCUCCCCCUUGUCUGGGGCUCUGCCUAUCAAGGACCCUGUGGUAGACUGUGCGUCUCCGGUUUACCAGGCAGUGAUCAUGCCAGGUGACAUGCAGACUAUGUCUGAAUGGGCUCGUCGUGCCGCCAACCUGCAGUCCAAGAGCUUCAGGAUGUUGGCCCACAUCACUGGCACUGAAUACAUGCAAGACCCAGAUGAGGAAGCCUUGGCGAAGUCGAGAGAGAAGUUUGAGUCGGAGGUGAAAGGGCCCCGCUUUGCCAAGCUGAAGAACUGGCACCAAGGACUGUCUUCACAGAUCCUCAACGUCCAGAAUUAAACAGAAGAAAGAGAGAGGAAGAGGAGGACGUGUAGACGAAAGACAUGGACAAAAGCACAGGAGAAGGGAUAAAUUAUGGAAGGAUAAAAAAAAAAGGAACAGGAGGAGGAGGAAUCUCCUCGGGAAUGUGAGAUAGUGUUGUAGCCUAGAUUAGUAUGUGAGAUACUAACUGUUAGUGUGAGAAUGCUAUGUGUUCAUAAGCUCGAUAUUACCUGUCAAAUGUAUCUGUCCGCUGCUAAGACCUGAUCUCGCAUUUGGGUUUUUCUUUCUUUCUUUGUUUCCCGUUUGUUUGGGUUCUGUCUCCCUUAAAUGAAAGGGAAAAUUGUACAAAAAAUAAUCAAGUGAAAAUGCAGAACUGAUGUUUCUUUUAGUACACAAACCGCAUUCACAAACGUAUGGAUUUUAACACUAAGCAUGCUUGUGAGAAGGCACACAAGGAUAAAUGAACACAUAGAGAUUUACCUACAUGCACAAAUACAGUAUGUAAAAAAUGCACUCAAAAAUGUACUUAUAUCAAUGUGAAUAAAUGUUUUCCUAAAACCA